AUGGGAGACACACGGUCUAGGAGCUCGACCAUUUCCAGGCUAGGCAAGCUAUUUGGAGGUAGCAAGGAUGCUGCGGUAGUUGCCCCAGUUCCCUCUGUCCCUGCUGGCCUUACGGUACGAACUAAUGAUAUUGUAUCGCAAUUAUCUCAAGAUACAGGCUUGAGACCUACCACUUCGAGGGAGCUACUGGCGUUGAGGGGACGAUCCUCUACCCCCGUGAGCCCUAUACAGAGCCCUGCGUUGAUCAGUCCUGUUACAUCACCAAACGCUUCGCCUCGACCACCGCUGAGAUCUGCUAGUGGUAGAGUUGGUGGAACAACCAAUUCCAAGCCAAAUGGAGGUGCAGGCACCUCAAACUCUGGCACAGGAUCAGCUAAUUCUUCUCCAGCUACUCCACCCACCGGUGUGCGGUCUCAACCAGUGUCGAGAUCGUCUUCGACCAUGAGGAAGCCAAGCACAACCAAUGGAACAGCCUCCACCACCUCGACCACCACUAGCCCUUCUUUGGUGGCAGCAUCAGGAAUAACAGCACCAACUGCUAAUACUACUGCCACCACUACAAUGGGUAACUCAGGCACUAAUGGGGCACCACAUUCAGGAACAACUCCAGCAGUAAGUCGAAACUCGUCUAUUUCUCGAAACAAACUGACGAUACAUUCCAAUACUUCACAUACAAACUUGAACUCUCUUCCAGCAGCAAGUGGACCUAAUUGUAAGCCAAGGUUCCGGAUCUUGGACUCGGGAAAUCAUGAGCAUAAUCUUCGUUCUGCCAAGAGACAAGAGAAACUUUCCAAUAUGCUUAAAGAUCUUUUAGGAGCAAAGAAAUUACGUGAUGGAGCUAAGAGUGAAGUACCUAAUAUCUUACAGGGAGUACCGGUGACAGAUACUGCCAAGCCACCGACACUUUUCGCUGGGCUUGUUAAUCAAGUGAAAAACAACACAUCUCCAUAUCAUGGACAACCUCCUGGAGAACUGACAGCCACAGCAGCCCAACGUGACAGUAGAUCCUUUGUAGAAAAAUAUGGUAGAUGUCAAGAAGUUGUUGGUAAAGGGUCAUUCGGAGUGGUUAGAGUUGCCCAUAAAAAGUCGGACAAUACCGAUGAUGGUAUCCAUACAUCAAAUGGUAGCAAUGGUAAUAAUACUGGAGAUUUAGCUGGGGGAACAGCAGGACCAGGAGGUGAGAUCCUUUAUGCUGUCAAGGAAUUCAAACGUAAACAAAAUGAACUGGAACAAAAAUAUAAUCGAAGAUUAACAUCUGAAUUUUGUAUUUCUUCAUCUUUAAAGCAUAGAAAUAUCAUUGAUACUCUUGAUCUUUUAAAAGAUGCAAAGGGUGAUUAUUGUGAAGUUAUGGAGUUUUGUUCUGGAGGUGAUUUAUAUACGUUAAUUAUUGCCCUGGGUAAAUUGGAAUAUGCCGAAGCUGAUUGUUUUUUCAAACAAUUAAUCCGUGGGGUCAAUUAUAUGCAUGAUAUGGGAGUCAGUCAUCGUGAUUUAAAGCCAGAGAAUUUACUUCUUACUCAACAAGGGGUACUUAAAAUCACCGAUUUUGGGAAUGGAGAAUGUUUCAAGAUGGCAUGGGAAAAGGAAAUUCAAUUAAGUGAAGGGAUCUGUGGCUCUUCUCCAUACAUUGCACCAGAGGAGUUUACCCAGAAACUGUUUGAUCCACGGUGUGUCGAUAUUUGGGCAUGUGGGGUGAUCUAUAUGGCCAUGAGAACAGGUAGACAACUCUGGAAGUUGGCAGAUCAAAAGAAAGAUGAAUUUUUCGAAGAAUAUCUUUUGAAACGUAAAGAUGCCACUGGUUACGACCCAAUAGAACUGUUGAAACGUGCUCGGUGUAGAAAUGUCAUUUAUUCCAUUUUGGAUCCUAAACCAGAAAGAAGAAUUACUGGUAAGCAAAUUUUGAAUAGUGAAUGGGGUAGAGAAAUUAAGGUUUGUGCAGCAGGUGAAGGACAUGCCAUUGAAGGUUAG